UCUCUCUCUCUCUCCUCUGUGUAUGUGUGCGUGUGUGGUCGAAUUUAGGGUUUGUUGUGUGUGGAUUGGGAGUGAGUUGACCCAAAACGCAUAUAUAGGUAAACCCAGUUAGAGAGAGGGAAAGGGGUGGUAGGGGGGAGAUAAGGAAGAUGAACAAGGACAAGAUCUUUAAGUUGGCGAAGGGAUUCAGAGGUAGGGCGAAGAACUGCAUACGAAUCGCGAGGGAGAGGGUGGAGAAGGCGCUGCAGUACGCGUACAGGGACCGGCGGAACAAGAAGCGCGACAUGCGGUCGCUCUGGAUCGAGCGCAUCAACGCCGGCGCGCGGCUUCACGGGGUGAAUUACAGCAACUUUAUGCAUGGUUUGAUGAAGGAAAACAUUCAGCUGAACCGGAAGGUGCUGUCGGAGCUAUCAAUGCAUGAGCCAUAUAGUUUCAAGGCACUUGUGGAUGUUUCUCGUAAUGCGUUUCCCGGGAAUAGGGCCCCCAAGAAGGAGGGUUUAUCAAUCGCCGCCCCCAAGAAGGAGGGUUUAUCGAUCGUCGCGUGAAUCAUUUGUUUUCCGUGUACUGUUGUGUGAUGAUUUCAUUAUGUACGAUCACGACGCUCUUCUCCUAAGCAUCAGAUAUAUUACUAGACUCGGAGAGUUUGGUUUUCUGUUAAGAACUUCUAGUUGCCUACAUAUAUAUAUCUUUUUGUUGCAUCUGGAGGUAACCCUAGUAGUCAUUUCCUGUUGACAAAGAUGUACCAAGAACAAUUCUUGGGUAAACUUCAAUUUAGCCUCCGUGUGGUUUAGCGUGGUGGCUUAAAUGAGUCAGCAUCCUGUCUUGUGACGGGAGUUCAGGUUAGGCCGAGCCACGUUUGAAAUGACGUGAGGUUGGGUUAGGUUGAGUCAAUAUUUGAAGUGGCGUGAGGUUGGUUGGAUCGAGUCACAAUCGAGUCACAAUCGAGAUCCUGGGCCCUGCGUCUGUAUAUUUUAAGUCAAUUGAUUGCGUAUUUUAGAGUGUAUAUUUUAAGUGAAUUAAUUGCGUAUUUUUAAAGUUCGAACUUUUAGGAUUAA